AUGAAGAGCAAAAUGAUUGAUGCUAAACCUGAUAUCCAAGAUUACGACAUCAAUCCAAUGGAAGGUUCUGAAGCUGAAUCUGUUGGCUAUGACACGGACGAACAGCUACGGGACUUCAGCCAUUUCCCAGACAAAGAACCGUUAGGAAAUUUGGACGACGACAAUGCUUCAGAGGAUGAUCCAGACCCUGAAGAGGACGAAUUAAACGCAAUCAAUCACCUUCCCGUCGAAGAUAAAACCAAGAAGGUCGCCAAGAAGGGAAAGAAAACCUUUGGGCUUCCUCUUGACCACCCUUCCUUCGAAACCUUCAUCGAUCACAGCACCACUCUAGAUGACAAAGGCUACCCACUCCUACCCAAUGGGAAGACUGUGUUUGUUAGGCAUCCAGGCCAGAAGUUUACCAAUUGGGGUACCUUUGGUUUCACUUACAAAACCUCCGGUGGCGGUGUCCAAAAAAAACGACCCGAAUGGCGAACAGUCAGGUUCAAUUGCCUUGGAGUCGUCAUUUGUUGCAAGGAGGAUUGUGAUUACCUAGGCUCACCUCCGACAGCCCCUGGGAAAAUUGAUCAAAUGAAAGAAACACCUGUGAAAUGCCCGGCGGCUCUGUGCUCGGAAUACCUCCGUCACGUCCCAUGUGAAGAUACCAUCUGUCGGAUGGAUGAGCACCGCCCAACAGGCUGGGGUAUCAUAAGACAUGCCGGUUAUCAUGUACAUCCGUGGCCACGUCGGGGGAAGCCUGAUAAGCUUUCAAUCAGCAAGUUGGGUGAUAGGGUGGUGAACAACCCUUUGGUCGGACCAUUGCAACAUAAGGUCGGUCGAGCUCCAGCUGGAAAGCAAGAGAUCAAGACGGCAUCAGGCAUCCAUCCCGCUUUUGGAAAUUUGCAUCAAACUGGCUACUACCGUCGAAAACUCUUGGUGGACGCUGGUGUCAUUCCGGAGAAAAAAAUCCCUGGCUCUGGCAACAGUUUUCUCCUGGACAUGAUCCACUGGGCGAAGAUGAUUUCAUCAUCCUUUCUGCCCGAGAACACGCACAUGACCUUCCAAACCCCGUGGAUGGCCGAGCAAUUCCUUGCACGAGAAGAAGAUGGCAGUGUCUACAGCGGCGGCCUAUUAUCAGAUGUCACGUAUAAAUUUUUUGCUAAUGGGUACUUAAUGACCACUUCGAUGUACCACAAUGUCAUUCACAGGUGGAUUCCUAUGCAACUCACCUGGCGAUACGGUCUCUCAGAGGAGCACUAUGUUGCACAUUUCACCACCCUGAUGAACCAGAUCAAGGAAGCACAACUCUUACCUGAUGAACGCGACAUCCUGGUUCGACAAGUGGUCAAUUUUUCUGUCGCGCAGCAAAAUGGUUUCAUCCGGGCUUACAUGGCCGUUUUUGAUGUUACGGAUCGGGCACAAGUGCUUGGGAAACUUCGAGGCUGUCAAGAGCACUUCCGCGCUCAAGUCACACGGGUGCGGCGGAAUCUUAACAUCAUUCCGAGGCACCAGCAGGGCAAAUUUCAGAGGCUCACGGAGGCUCUCUUGGAAAAGGACGUUCCUGGAAAGGACACGUAUGAGCAAAAUAUGGCAACUUUGAGGCGUCUUUUCCCCCGUGCCAAACGUUGGCUCGAUUGGUGGCAAGUUUCGGAUACGGAGGCCAUGCUUUUCCGUUCAAGGCAGAAGCAAAUCGACGAUGACGGCCUAUGUGAUGACCUCCCUGAGACGACAAACGCUCAGGAGUCAAUGCACCGCGUUUACUAUAUGAUUUUUGAAGGCCAAUGUACCGUUCAGGUAGGAUUGGUGCAACUCUACGCUUUGGUCUCCAGCCUUCAACGUGAUCAUACUGAUCUACUUCGAGGUGUCGCAAUCGAAUACGGGUCAACCAAGAACUAUCAGAAAGUGGCCGAGACCUUAGGAUGGUCCAAGAAAAACCGCAACCGCAAAGAUAAACACAACGAUGGUCGUGCUCCCGACACUACCAAUGCUCUUUUAGGGACCAAAGGUAGCAAAGGUAGCAAAAAACUCGGAAGACCUGUUGGGUCUGUCAACAUUGAUUGGAAUCCGGUCACCACUUUUCAAGGAUUCUAUGUGUCAAACACUGCAGGCUGCCAGAACAGAUGCUGGCUUGAUGCAAUUGUCGAGUGCCUGCAUGCUCUCCACACACCCCUCUGGUUUCACGGCUCCAAAGCAGCUUCUGCUAGCUUCCCCACGGAUCAAUUCGCAUCUGCCGACACCUUUUUCGAGUUAAUCUUUGAUCCCAGAGAUAAAGCGGUGGCUGUUCCAGGUCCUACAAGGACUCUCUUCCGUCUGAACAGACUACGGAAGCUGGUUUGCUCCCGUGAUGCAUCACAUCGCCUUAACAAAACCGUUCCGACCAACACUAUCAACUUGUGUCCUCAAGACUUCGAAAACCAGUUCACUUACGCACAAACCCCCGAAUUGCUGGCACAAUGGGCAUCGGCAGCAGGAAUUCGAGGUUUAUCAAAUCGUCAUUGUCAGCUCUGUAAGAAAUCUGACAAACGCCCUCCUCCUUUCGUCGAGCGGACCCAAAUUUCUUUCGAGCCGAACACUCCACCUCCUCACCUUUACGUUCAUCUGGAACUUUCCAGUUUUUUGGUUUCAGAAUCACGAAUAUCAGACAUGGUGAAGAUGCAGGAUGAGUGUUUAUUACCUUACGGGUUAAAAUUAUAUGGAAUAUCCUACUUCAUGCGGGCACGUGGUUUUUGGUCAGGUGGACACUUUUGGUGUCAAGUGGUACGUACCGUGGGAGGCCUAGCUGGCGUGUGGUACCACAACGACUUGGAAAACCAGGGUAAUGCGACCUUGAUCAGUAGGGAGUUGGAAUCUAUUGGUGGGGCUUGCCCAAAAACAAGCUGGGCAAUGUAUUCGCGAGAACCAACUGCGGACGAAUCUGUUAUCAUUGAGGCCGCCAAAGCGAGGAUAACCAAAUCAAAUCCGAAUCCUCAAGCGCCUGGAUCAGAGGAAGAUUCAGAUGAUUAUCAAGCCCCAAUGACACAGGAAGAGAUGGACAAGAUAUUGAUAUCGGAAACAGACGAAGAUGAGGUUCCGAAGAAGGUUAUGGUAGGUACCGACCCCCAAUCCCAAGCGCCUGUUGAGGAAGAGUUGGAAGGACAAGGAUCUGCGGUUUUGGUGUUGUCCGACAGUCCACGAGAGAAGAAAGGUGGGGUAAUACACUUACCUACCGUAAAUGUAUUACAAAUACUAAUUGUGUUUCUUGCAGAGAGUUCCAAUGCGCGUAGGCGCAGGGGCAAAGUCACUUUGAAGAGUGCAAAAAAAGGCAAAGGGUGUGAUAGGUGCAGAAAAACCUGCUCACGUCUUGUUGCUUUGACAGCUGAACAAAAAAAACCCAAGGGUUGGAAAGGGUGGGCAAUAGUCGAAGCCGAGACUGUGCAGACUGAUGUAGCAGAAAGCCAAGAAGGGUCGGAUGAUGGCACCGUGAGGAAGUCAAAACGUAGAAGAGGAUAG